CUUUAAGGUCUCGAUGUAAGCGGUUUUUAAUUUUAAAAUAUUUAAUUUCUUUUGUCUUCAAAAAUGUUUUCAAGUGAUCGAGUUAUAACUAAACGACAUAACAGUUCUGUGCUAAAUCGAAAAUAUCGAAAACAAUUAUUGGCCACUAUAGCGGUUCAAAUUUUAACAUUUGCCCAUGGCAUAGCAAUUGGUUGGACCUCACCGACACUACUCAAGUUGCAGUCCCCCGAUUCACCCACAAAUUUUGUAGUGUCGGUAGAGCAGGCUUCUUGGAUUGGUUCACUAUUCGGUUUGGGUUCACUAGUAGGAAAUUUAUUUGGUUUUCUUUUAAAUCGCAUCGGACGAAAAUGGUGCUUGUAUUUAAUGUCUUUGCCCUAUAUAAUAGCCUGGAUUUUGAUAUUUUUCUCGAAAACUUAUUUAUAUCUGUAUGUGGCCAGAUUUCUUAUAGGCAUAACUGAUGGCGGAAUAUUUCUGGUUAUACCGAUUUUCAUUAGUGAAAUAGCCGAUGCAAGUUUACGUGGAACUUUAUCGUCCUUGGUAAUGUUAUUCUUAAGUUUUGGCAUUAUGGUGGGAUUUGUGUUCUCAUCACUUCUGGAUUAUUAUCUAAAUUCUUGUAUCAUAAUUACAUUUCCAAUUUUGUAUUUAGUGGCCUUAACAAAAUUUCCCGAAACACCACAAUUUCUAUUAAGAAAACAAAAAAUUGAAAAAGCUCAUAAGGCUUUUAAAUUUUAUAAGAAUUUAACAAAACCCAAGAAUAUUGAGGCCACUAAAGUCGAGCAACAGGAACUUAAUGUAGAUGGUGAAUUUCAAGAACUCAAAUUAAAUAUUUUAACAAAUAAUAUCGAGGAAAAAUUAUCAUUUAAGGAUUUUGUCAGUGUUGAGGCCUUAAAAACAUUUUUUACCGCUUUUAUGUUGCUGGCCUUAAGUCAAUUUUCUGGCUGUUUGGCUUUUCUCUUCUAUAUGUCGGAUAUAUUUGCUCAUGCUGGUACCGAUAUUCAUCCCAAUACCUGCACCAUUCUCACAGGUAUAGCACAAAUUAUAGGAGCUUUUUCCACUGUUAUAUUGGUAGAUCGUUUUGGUCGUAAACCUCUAAUGUUGGUAUCAUCGGGUGGCAUGGCUAUAGGCCUUUUGACUUUUGGUUUCUAUAUACAAUUUACCACUGCAGAACUGAAGUUAACAUAUAAUUGGUUCCCUAUUGUUAUUAUGACAUUUGUAAUUUUAUUGGUCAAUGUAGCGGUGACUGGUCUUUUAAUAGUGGAAAUAUUUCCCUCUAAGAUACGUGCCCCUGCCACCACUGUAUGCUGUUUUGCCACUAGUUUAAUGAUUUUUGCGGCCUUGAAAAUAUUUCCUCUAAUACUGCAAAAUUAUGGACUAGCCACGCUUUUAUACGUUUGUGGAGGUGUUUCGGUUAUUGGUGGUUUAUAUAUCUUGCUAUUUCUAAAAGAAACGAAAGGCACUUCAAUGGAUAGAUGAAAAUAUAUGGAGAGAUGAUUUCAAUAGACUGAAGUACUAGCAUGUUACUUUUUAACAUAUUUAACACUUAUGUGGCUUAUCUCUAUUUUCUUAUUAAACUAAAUAUAUAAUUUGUAU